AUGUGUUGCGCAUUCACCUUCACCCUUGUUCCGUUCCUUGCUGCUGUCUUUCAACCUCGCCAUCGUACAGAGUACUCGGAAGCAACACUGACAACCACACGCUCACAGGGCCUACAUGGCGAUGAGAUCGAUUUCGAGAAUACAUGGGGCACCAUCGAGGCAGCCUUUCGGGAAAUCCACACAAAGAAUGCUUCUAAGCUGUCGUAUGAGGAGUUGUACCGCCACGCCUACCGUAUCGUCCUGAAAAAGAAAGGCGAGAACCUGUACAAUAAGGUUCAUGAAUUUGAGCGCAACUGGCUAAGCAGCGAGGUCCGCAAUAUCAUCCAGCAAUUGCUGUCGCCGAAUCUUCUCGUAAACGCACAGAGUAUGAGUGGAACUACAGCCAACGAGCGACGCGUCGCCGGCGAGAAGUUCCUCCAGGGACUACGGCAGGCAUGGAGCGAUCACCAGAUUUGCACGAGUAUGCUGGCAGAUGUGCUCAUGUAUAUGGACCGUGUUUACUGUGCCGACCAUAGGCGACCCUCAAUCUAUAACGCUGCCAUGGUGCUGUUUCGCGAUGAAAUUCUAAACUCACCAAUUUCCGCCACCGAUACUCGAACGAUUCUUGGCCUGCUAAACCACAUCAUCCUCGAUCAGAUCCAAAUGGAACGCGACGGCGAUGUCAUCGACAAGCAGCUCAUCAAGUCGUGUGUAUGGAUGUUGGAGGGCUUGCAUGAGGGUGAGAUGGAAUCCGAAGAGCAACGGCUAUACAACACUUCAUUCGAGAAGGAGUAUUUGGAGACUAGCAGCGCCUUUUACCGUAGCGAAUCGGAGCUGUUGCUACGCGACUCCCAUGCCGGCGCAUAUUGUAAGCACGCGCGGCGCAGGAUAUACGAAGAAGACGAGCGUUGCAAGCAGACUCUGUUGGAGAGUACCGGGCCCAAGAUCCAGAAGGUGGUGGAGGAUGAGUUGAUCAAGAACCGGAUUCACGAGCUUGUGGAGAUGGAGAGUGGUGUACGCUUCAUGAUUGACAAUCACCGGCUCGAAGAACUAAACCUCAUCUACGAUCUGAACAAGCGUGUAGACGACAAGAAGAUGGAGACUACCCGCGCCAUCCAACAGCGUAUCGUGGAUAUGGGCUCAGAUAUCAACAAGGACGCUAUUGCCGCAUCGCAAGCUCCUGCUGUUAUACCUGUCACCGAUCCUGCCGAUAAGGCCAAGGGUCCUGCUCAGGAAAAGAGCUUGAACCAACAGACGGUUGCUGCAAUCAAGUGGGUGGAGGAUGUCCUUACCUUGAAAGACAGGUUCGACAAGAUCUGGCGAGAAUCAUUCGGAUCGGAUCCAUUGCUACAGCAGGCACAGACGCAGAGCUUCACCGAAUUCAUCAACUCAUCGACUUUCCCGCGAUCAUCAGAGUACAUUUCUCUCUUCAUUGACGAGAACAUGAAAAAGGGUAUCAAAGGCAAGACCGAAUCUGAGAUUGACGCCGUUCUGGAAAAGGCCAUUGUGCUACUGCGUUACGUCCAGGACAAAGACCUUUUCGAGCGCUACUACAAGAAGCACCUGUGCCGACGCUUGCUGAUGAACAAAUCUAUCAGCAACGAAGUCGAGAAGCAGAUGAUUUCCAAGAUGAAGAUUGAGCUUGGCAACAACUUUACCCUAAAACUCGAGGCCAUGUUCAAGGACAUGACGAUUUCCGAAGAGCUCACCGCUGGCUUCAAGAAACAUGUCGAAGGACUGGGCGAACGGGACCCGAAGCGAAUCGAGCUAUCCAUCAACGUACUAACCAGCAUGACAUGGCCUCUCGAGACCAUGGUUGGCGCGGCCGACCAAAAAGACCAACGGCCACGAUGCAAUUACCCCGCUGUUGUAGACAAGCUCAAGCGCGGAUUCGAAAAGUUUUACAACGAGAAACACACUGGCCGACAGCUUACAUGGCUUCCCAACAUGGGAUCGGCAGACAUCAAGGCUGUUUUCCCCAAAGUACCACAGAAAGACGGCACCUUCAAAGAGCGCCGUCAUGACCUCAACGUGUCUACAUAUGGCAUGGUCAUCUUGCUCUUAUUCAACGAUCUCGCUCCUGGCGAACACAUGACGUUUGAGGAAAUCCAGGCGCAGACAGGCAUACCGUCGAAUGAUUUGAGCAGAAAUCUACAGUCGCUUGCUGUAGCACCCAAGACGCGCAUUCUCAUCAAGGAGCCCAUGUCCAAGGACGUCAAGCCUACCGACCGCUUCUUCUUCAACGAAAGUUUCCAAGGCAAGUUUGUCAAGAUCAAGGUUGGUGUCGUCAGUGGCGGUAAUAAGGUUGAGAGCGAUCGUGAGCGAGGAGAGACUGAAAAGAAGAACGACGAUGCGCGCAAAUACUGCAUUGAAGCUGCCGUGGUGCGCAUUAUGAAGCAACGCAAAGAGCUCUCCCAUCUACAACUCAUGUCGGAAACGCUGAGCCAACUUGUCGGGCAGUUCACGCCCGAGGUUAAUAUGGUCAAGAAGCGCAUUGAGGCACUCAUUGAGCGCGACUACCUUGAGCGUAUAGAGGGGGCCGACAUUGAUUCAUAUCGAUAUCUAGCGUAA